AUGUCCGAGCCAUAUAAAGAGCCCAGACAGCGAGCUUCGAACCCCCGUCUCCAGGGCCACGAAACCUCGGACCUCCGAAGCCGAUCCAAGCUCUUCCCUGCGCUCUUGCAGUGCCGAAUAACGGCCAGUCCGAACUUGUUGGCGAUUGUAAUCCUGUCCCGAGGAAAGUGCGGUCUCUCCAAAUGUGUCACUCGAUACCUGGUGGGAAUGGCAGCGGCCGAUCUCCUGGUCGUUAUGUCGGAUCCGCUGCUGUGGGAGACUGCUGAGAUCUAUUUUCCCCGAUCAUUCCUGCGAAUGACUCCUGUGUGCAGACUCGAUAUGUGGUUGGUUUUUGCGAUCACUGCUUCCUCAGUCUGGCUGACUGUUGCUUUCACCAUCGAUCGAUUUGUGGCUAUUUGCUGUGAGAAGUUGAAAACAAAAUAUUGCACCGAGAGAACGGCGGCUGUGGUUAUCGGGACAGUGAGUGUGCUGGCCUGUUUGGAGACUGUCCCCUGGGGUUUUGCAUUCGGACCUGGAGAAAUAAUUGAUGGUGUUCCAUGGGAUUGUGUUUAUACACCGAGCUACAAAACCUCACCCGCAUGGUUGAUAUUCGUGAUAUUUCAUCGCAUUUUAGUCCCUUGUCUCCCAUUCAUUCUGAUUUUGCUGUUCAAUAUUUUGACUGUCAAGCGGAUUCUAGCGGCCAGUCGAGCCCGCAGGGGGCUCCGGGGACAAAAGAGUGGAGAGAAUGACAAGGACCGGGAGAUGGAGAACCGACGCAAAUCCAUCGUUUUGCUCUUCAGCAUAACCGCUAGUUUCAUAUUGCUAUGGGGAACAUAUGUGGUAUUUUUUAUCUAUAGACGGAUUUCAAUGAGUUAUGUUGAUUCGGUCACGGAUCCCCGAUACAUCGCAGACCGCACAUCGGCAAUGCUGCAGAUUCUCAGCUCCUGCACCAACACGUGUAUUUACGCCCUGACUCAGAGUAAAUUCCGAGAGGAACUAAAGAGUGCGGUGCAAUACCCACUGAAUCGGAUUUUGAAAUUCAUGAAACGUUAG